UUCUGUUGGUUGCACAAGGCAGGACACCAUGGCUGCGACGCUGACGGAAGCGGGAACAGGUCCUGCGGCCACCAGGGAGUUCGUCGAGGGUUGGACUUUGGCCCAAACUCUGGGCGAAGGUGCCUACGGCGAGGUAAAGCUGCUAAUCAACCGGCAGACUGGCGAAGCUGUGGCCAUGAAAAUGGUGGAUCUAAAAAAACAUCCGGAUGCAGCGAACUCGGUGCGAAAGGAAGUCUGCAUACAGAAGAUGCUCCAGGACACGCAUAUUCUCCGAUUUUUCGGCAAACGUUCGCAGGGCAGCGUGGAGUACAUAUUCUUGGAAUACGCCGCCGGCGGGGAGCUAUUCGAUCGAAUAGAGCCCGAUGUGGGAAUGCCGCAGCAUGAGGCUCAGAGGUAUUUUACACAGCUGUUGUCCGGACUCAAUUAUCUGCAUCAGCGUGGUAUCGCUCAUCGGGACCUGAAGCCGGAAAAUCUGCUGCUUGAUGAGCAUGACAACGUGAAAAUAUCGGACUUUGGCAUGGCUACUAUGUUUAGGUGCAAGGGCAAGGAGCGACUGCUGGACAAACGCUGCGGCACCUUGCCGUAUGUGGCUCCCGAGGUGCUCCAGAAGGCAUAUCACGCGCAGCCGGCGGAUCUUUGGUCGUGUGGUGUUAUAUUGGUUACAAUGCUGGCGGGUGAGCUGCCCUGGGAUCAGCCUUCCACCAAUUGCACGGAGUUUACCAACUGGAGGGAUAACGAUCACUGGCAAAUGCAGACUCCUUGGAGCAAACUGGACACCUUGGCUAUUUCGCUGCUUCGCAAGCUUUUGGCCACCAGUCCUGGCACGCGUCUGACCCUGGAGAAAACUCUGGAUCACAAAUGGUGCAACAUGCAGUUUGCAGACAAUGAACGUUCCUAUGACCUAGUGGACUCGGCGGCUGCUCUGGAGAUAUGCUCGCCAAAGGCUAAGAGGCAGCGUCUGCAGUCGAGUGCCCACUUGAGUAAUGGCCUGGAUGACUCCAUCUCCCGGAACUACUGCUCUCAGCCCAUGCCUACGAUGCGCAGCGACGAUGACUUCAAUGUAAGACUGGGCAGUGGUUGCUCCAAAGAGGAUGGAGGCAAUCGCCAGGCGUUGGCCCAAGAGGCUCGGCUCAGUUACUCAUUUUCGCAACCAGCUCUUCUGGAUGAUCUCCUACUGGCCACCCAGAUGAACCAAACGCAGAACGCCUCCCAGAACUAUUUCCAGCGUUUGGUGAGGAGAAUGACCCGAUUCUUUGUGACGACGAGAUGGGAUGACACUAUCAAGCGAUUGGUGGGAACCAUCGAAAGACUGGGUGGCUAUACGUGCAAAGUCGGCGACGACGGAGUGGUCACCAUUUCGACUGUCGAUCGGAAUAAGCUGCGAUUGCUUUUCAAGGCGCACAUUAUAGAGAUGGAUGGCAAGAUUCUUGUGGACUGCCGGCUGUCAAAGGGUUGCGGCUUGGAGUUUAAACGACGCUUUAUAAAGAUCAAAAACGCUCUGGAGGAUAUCGUGCUCAAAGGACCCACCACCUGGCCAAUAGCGAUUGCUACCAAUUCGGUGCCUUAGCUCAUAGUUUUAUUCGACCUAUAAAACCUCUCAUGUAUUUGGUUAUAUUUACAUUUGCCUAGCCUAUAAGAACAACUCAUGCAUCACAUUCGAUCAGAAUCAUAUAAACUUCUCAAUGUGCUAACUUAUUUUUAAUUCAUUGCAUUGUUUACGAGUACGUUAUGUAUUGCUAAGCGGGCUCUCUUAAGAUUUUAAUUUUGUUGAAUUUUAAAGCGAAUAUCGAGUAUUGAAACUAGUUAGUUUAAAUGUUAUCGAACAAUAAAUCUAAUGCGAUUUUGAGUAAAA